GUGUAGUGCAGCUGAUUGAUAUGAGUAACCAAAAUGUGAUGGUGCUGUGCAGCUGAUUGGCAUUGACAUCGGCCAAUCGGCACGUAGCACCGCCUUUUUAAACCUGAUUGGUCGGUGCUUGGGAUACGUCACGUCCGACUCCGACGCACUGGUUUGGGUGUCUGUAGCCGCGGCUACAGGUAGAGGCUCUGCGCUCGUUCUGAAUUUUGUAAGUUGUUUGAAUCGACCCACGUUAAGCUCUCUUUUGGCAUUGUUCUAGUGCAUCGUGUGGCGGUGGCUUUUCCCUUGGCUGUGGUGGCUGGAUGACUGUUCAGUUGCAGGUAUGUGAUGGCUUUGAACUGGCUGAGUAAUGGGGUUUAGCCGCAUUUUAACCUGCGUGUUUCAUGCUGUACAGCUAUUAAUUCCGGCACCUCGCUGUAUUGUAUCGACCAACGCGUGAUUAGAACGUGUCUGAGUGUGCGCCCAUUGGAACUGAGGUUUCCCCCGGUGGAUGACGGGUCACUUUCCACUGGUGGUGGUGUUUCUCUAUCGUGUGCUGUGGACACUGAGUGCGUGAUAGCGUGAUUUUUGAGUGCACUGUGGUGUGUGCGUGUGCUGGGGUAAAGUCUGUCCACUCGUACCCAGUCAGUGGGAACCUCCAAUCCUGGUUUGGUUUUGUUUAUUUAUUGUUUCUUGUGUUUAAUAAUGAAGUGGGAGUUUUUGAUGUGUUUUUAAGAACCGUUUUAUUCCAAAUAAAUAUUUUUGUACUUUUUCAUUAACUCACGUCUCUGUGCCUUUCUGGGAGAAACGAACCUGUGUCCUUUUUCUAAUAGUUGUUUCCCUGGGUAACUCCUGGGGUGGCGUAGUCGGUUAUUUUUAUUUAAAAAGAUUUAAACCCUACUCUAUACCCUCGUCACAUUCUGGCGUAGUCGGCAGGACUCCCCCUCAUUGUGUGCAGAGACGUGUGUUUGUUUUUGUAUAUUUUCAUUUUUGUAGGAAUUGAAUUGCGGCAGUCUCCCUCCCCUAUUCUUUUUGGUGAGUCAACAAACGUUGACUUUUCGCUUGUACGUUGUAGCAAUGGAAGAUGAAUUGCGUGAGUUAAGGGAGUUGGUAACUCAAUUAAAAGCUGAUAAUGAGCGACUACGGCAAGAGCAGGUGCCAGCUGCACUGCCGGGUCCAUCUAAUAUUUCUAUUCCUGUUGUUUCAGAUCCUCCCCUCAUUGAUGCUGGUCCCUCGUCAACCGAACGAUUUGUUUUCGUUCCUCGAGACCGUAAAUGUCCAAAAUUCAGUGGCCGGUCCGGAAUUGACAUCAAUGAGUGGGUGGAAGAAGCAGAGGCUUGUAUGCGUCUUCGCCAUUUGUCUUCAGCUGAUCGGGCAUUUUUCUUGUUUGAUCACCUGGAGGGAGAGGCAAGAGAGGAAAUUCGUUAUAGGCCACAGAGUGAAAGGGAGGAUCCAAAGCGGGUGAUUCAGGUAUUGCGCGAUCUAUAUGGCUGUACUAAGUCUUAUGUAGCUCUUCAGGAGUCAUUCUUUUCCAGAAGACAGCAGGAAGGGGAGACUUUGGUGGAGUUUUCCUUAGCCCUGAUGAGCCUUCUGGAAAAGGUUAAAGGUCAGUCACCUCAUGGCAUGCCUAAUGCAGAAAUUUUACUGCGAGAUCAGUUUGUGGAAAACGUUAAUGAUUGCACCCUUCGUCGUGAACUUAAGCAGUUUGUUCGGCGUCAACCUACUGCCACAUUGGUUGACGUACGUGGUGAAGCACUUCGGUGGGAAAGAGAGGGCAUGCCUGGGGGAGCGCGGGGCCGAAGUCAGUCUGUUCCAUCAGUUUAUGGUAUUCAGUAUGGGGUGCAGGGGAAUCGAAGUGUUAGUAGUGGGGCAAAGUCUGAAAUGACUGAAUUGCGGGACAUGUUGCUGAAGCAGCAGCAACAAUUAAAUCAACUAGUUCAAAGUAUGUCUCUGCUUCAGAGUUGUUCACCCAGUUUGCCGCCACCUAAAGUUAACCCUGUUAUUUGCAGAAGAUGUCGUCAGCCAGGCCAUUUUGCGAGAAAUUGCGAUGGUGGGCGGAUGUCGGUCCGUGCACUAUCAGCCCAAAUAACUUCUGCUUUAACAAGACGCGAACAGUCAUCCUCCAGCCAGCCGUCGGAAAACUAG